AUGGCGCAUUUAUUUCCGUCUAUGGUCGUCCAGCUUAUGAAAAUCAACUAUUCUUUCCAUGUUACAGUACGGACUAAAGCCAGUAGAAGAAGCAGCUUUAGUGGUGAUCGUCAAGGUGUUAAGAUUCUUUUUCCUGUAACAUCUCCUAUUCCAUCAUAUGUCGACUGGAGCAUUGAUGGAGUAAUGAAGCAUGUAAAGUCUGAAAAGUUCACAGAAAAGAAAAGUAGAAUUAUUGUAAUAGAUCUUCACUUUCGACAGAUGAUGAUUCAUAAAGUGAAGGGGAUUUUUCCUGAGUCAAAAUCAAGGGGCACGAGUGCAUUCCGGAGGAAGGAGUACCGGCUGGCAGCAUACUGGUACACGCUGGCUCUCGAAAUUGAUCCAAGUGAUGCAGCUGUAUUAUCCAACAAGAAUUUGUGCUAUGUCCAUUUGAAUAAUGGAAAAAAUGCCUUAGAUGAUGCUACUGAAUGUGUGCUGGCAAAGCCAAACUGGCCAAAGGCUCAUUAUAGGAAAGGAGUAGCACUUAAACUACUCAAUAGGCUUGAUGAGGCAGCUGAAUCCUUUUCCAAGGGUUUGAAGUUGGAUCCUGAAAACAAAGAGCUUGAAGCUGCAUUCAGGGAGGUUUCUUUGGCGAGGUUGAAGUCUGUCAGUAUUGACUAA